AUGUCGUCGAAACUGAAAGAGUAUCUUCAUGUUGACUACAAGCCUGGAGAGAGACGUCUUGUUCAAAAGAUUGACUUUUUCAUCUUGACUUUUUGUUGCUUGAGUUACUUUGUCAACUACCUUGACCGAAAUAAUAUCAACAAUGCCUACGUUUCUGGAAUGAAGGAGGACCUUGGGUUCGAGGGUGACCAGCUGAACCAGAUCUUUACUUGCUUCACUGUUGGCUAUGUCAUUGGCCAAGUUCCCUCCAACCUCUCCCUCCAGUACAUCAAGCCUCGUAUCUGGUUCCCUCUCAUGAUGGUUCUCUGGGGCGGUCUCACCAUGGCCACUGCCUCCGUACAGAGCCCCAAGUCCAUCAUGGCAAUUCGCUUCUUCCAGGGCAUCUGCGAAGCCUCAACCUUUGUCGGAACACACUACAUCCUCGGAUCUUGGUAUACAGAGAGAGAACUGGGCAAGCGAAGUGGUAUCUUUACGGCUUCUGGCCUGGCAGGAACUAUGAUUGGAGGCUUCAUCCAGACAGGUAUUCACUCAAGUAUGGAUGGUCGAAAUGGAUUGACUGGUUGGCGAUGGCUCUUCAUUAUUGAUGGCCUCAUUACCAUCCCCGUUGCUCUCUACGGCUUCUUUCUGUUCCCCGAUACACCGCAUACGACCACCGCCUUUUACCUCUCUGAAGAGGAACGAGCCCUCGCCAAAUCCCGUGUUCCUCCCGCUGAAGAGCGACCUAAACUCACCUUCGGCUAUGGAAAGAUGGUUCUCACGUCGUGGUUUUGGUGGGGAUUCGUUAUUCUCUGGGUCAUCGCCGGUGAGACCGAGUCCUUCAGCACCAACGCCCUCUUCGCCCUCUUCCUCCAGAACCAUCCGACCGAAACAUACACUGUCGCCCAGAAGAACAACUAUCCCAGUGGUGUGCCAGCCGUUGGUAUUGUAUCUACGCUGUUUUGGGCAACAUUGACCGACUUUCUGUCUGGAAAGCGAUGGCUUGUUGGAUACUUCAUUGGCCUCACUGGAAUCGCUACAGCUAUCAUGGUCUUGGUUGCUUCCAAAGAUCCUACGAACCCACACUCUACCACGGUCGUAUAUGCAGCUUACUACUGGGCCGGUUCUGUCUACGCGUGCCAGGCUACCUUCUUCGCUUGGUGCAACGAUGUCAUGCGUCACGAAUCAGCCAUGUUCCGUGGUAUCGUGUUGGCUGGUAUGAACACGGGCAGCAAUACCAUCAAUGCUUGGUGGAGCAUCGUCUUUUAUGGUGCCUCAAUGGCUCCUUGGUUCAUUCGAGGCAUGUGGGCAAUGAUUGCUGUUAGCAUCGCCAUGAUCAUCUGGUGUACAGCUUUGACUUACAAGUGCCACAAGUAUAUGUCCAAUGUAGUGAUUGCUUGUGAGAGAGAAAGCCUGGAACAUGAGAAGCAGGUUGUCGGCAAGGAGGAUGCUUGA